AUGGGGAUUGCAGGGCAAAAAGUUUCAAAGAUUCCAGUACGAAAGCAUUCCAAGACAGGAUGUAUAACUUGUAAAGUUAGGAAAAAAAGAUGUUCAGAGGAUAAACCGGUAUGCAGCGACUGUGCUCGAUUGGGUUUUACGUGCAUGUAUGUGCCUCGAAGUUUUGACAAAAAUGCGGUUCAAAAAUGUAAGGAUCAAGUGGAGAUGGAGCUGUUUGUGCAUAAGAAUAAGAAGAAGUUUGUAGCGGAGUUCGAAGGCAUCGCAAGUGGUGGCAGCAGUAGUAGUAGUAAUGGUAGUAAUGGUAGUGAUGGUAGUGACAGCCAGGUGGAAAGACCGUCGGAGGAUGUUGAAGAAAGAGCACUUGCAGAUGAAUUCGAAACCGAAGGGUCAUCGCUAGCGGUUGUUCAAACGAAAUCCCCUUCAUCACCGUAUCUCUCGCAACCGUUAUCUGACCCUAUAAAUUUACAUUUAGAUCCGGUGGGGAUGCACCUUUACGACUACUAUCGAGACCAUUUGGGUAAGAUAAUUUCCAUUGCACCAUUAAAGCAGAAUUAUUAUUUACAAGUUUUCCUACCCAUGGCACAUCGACACAGAGGUAUUCUUUACGGUCUUAUGGCGUGGUCAGCACACCAUUUGUCAAUUUCGCAAGAAGGGAGUGAAACUAGAGAUGACAACUACUGUGCAUUGGCAAAUAGGUAUACCUUGGAAUCUCUAAGAUUUCUCAGAUCUGAAAUCGAUACGAAUUUCCUGUGGUCGUUAGCUCAGCUUCUCAUAUUGUGUGGUGCUGAGAUCUGUCAGGGAGACGUUAGCAAAUGGAAAAUUUUACUGAAAUAUGCAGCGGAUCUCAUCGAAAAGAAUGUCGGUGGAGAAAUUUCGCAUUUAAUGUCUUCCUUCACAUCUCAGAUUGAUACAACUACGCGAUAUUGGUUAUUGGCUAAUUUCAUCUAUCACGAUGUUAUGUGUUCUAGGGGAACCCAUUUCCCCAUCGAUCAGUAUAACAAAGUUCUUAGUAGCCAUACUGAUACAAGUCCAAAUGCCAUUUCGGAUGUGAAUAUGCAUGUAGAUCCACUGCAUGGUGUCAAUAGACCAAUUUUACUACUCAUGGGUGAUAUAACCAACUUGGUGAGGCGUAUGAAGAACGCAGGAUCCUUCGGUAAAUCGCAUCCCAAAUUUAGAGAAUAUAUGGACAGAGCAUUUGAAUUACAGACUGAGUUAUUCCAGAUUUCACCGGACGUGCGAGAAUUGCAACUCUAUGAAGAAUCCUCACUAAUGCAUGCCUUAUGUUUAGAACUUUUCCAAUUGAUGAAGUUGUCAGCACUUUUACAUUUGAAGACUACGUGUCUAAGGCAAAGCAAACAUACUUGGGAGAUUCAACAUUUUUGGUUAGAACUUUUUGAAAAAUUAGAUUUAAUUUUAGGCACCAAAUUGGAAGGUUGUCUAUGUUUCCCCAUGUUCAUAUGUGGUAUAAAUGCUACUGAUCAAGAACAAAAACGUCAAAUAGAGUCAAGAUUCAGUGAUAUCGCUAAACGUUAUAAAUGUUACAACUUCCAAAGGGCAAGAACGGUUAUGAGGAAAGUUUGGUUACAAGACGACAGUGACGCUACAAGUCCUACGAGUAGUAUAUCUCAUACGAGCCUCAGCGAUAUUGGUUCACUAGACAUUGGUGAAAAUACGGACUGGUACGAUAUUGUCGACGCCAUGGGUUGGGAUAUAAGUUUUGCAUAA